AUGCAUCACAUUAUCUCAUUUUCUUUUUUAUUCUCCGCAUUUGCUCAGGUGACGAGUGGGUCGUCGAUAUUUCUCGAUUGGUCAUCCGAGGUGCCGAAUGGAGGGGUUCGAGCCUAUGUACUCGACUAUUCACCCCCGGUCGGGAUUCCCCCAGCCGGCACUCAUCUAUCGAGGACAACCCAGCAACUUUUGCUCAAUCAAACGAUCCCCGCCGCCGACUAUUCCGUAUAUUUGACGGCGUUAAUGAUCGAUGGAACGCGGAGAAAUGUUAGCGAAAAGCAUUUGCCAAGCAGUCCAAAUCCGCCAAUUCUCGACACGAUUGAAACAAGCGCAUCCGAUGCGACGCUUUCUUAUUUUCCACCAGAAGGACAAGAUAUUAGUUAUUAUAUAGAAUAUUUUCCAUUGGAUCGCGAAGAAUAUGCGAAUUUUGUGGAGACAAAGUCCUUGUUGGUGAAAUUACGCGGCCUCGAUCCAUCCACCACUUUUCGAUUAAGAAUAUUAUCCGUUUUUCGUGGUGUUCCUUCAACAGAAUCGAUCGAUACAACAUUCAUGACAAAAGAUCUCGGAAAAUCGGUCGAAGAUUUGGGCAUGUUCACCAUCAAGACAUUGCCACCAGAUUUCGAUCUUGCCACCGCUACUCUCACCCCAAAAAACAUCGAUGGCUCAAAAGAAUAUGAAUAUAUGUCAAAAGAAGAGUCACAAACCCAAACACCGACAAAUGGAAUACUCGAAGAGCAGAGAAAAGAGCCAACCGGCGAAACGGAAUACUACUAUCAAGAAACAAGUGUGACGAGUGAGGUGAAUGAAUCGACCACCCCAAGCACGCUCAAUGUACAAACACCAAAAUUGGAGAUUGUGAUGAUCACGGAGAAUUUCACGGAAAUGCCAACCACUAAACAAUCCACUGUUUUGAGCACCAUCAUUACCACAGAGCCGACAACAAUUGAGGUGCACAAAGAGGUAGAAACGAAGACGAUCCGUCCAAUUGUUGAUGACUAUGACAAUCUCGAACAGUCACAACAAACGAUGCCCGAUGUCACUAAUUUGAGCAUGACAAAGAAAGCACAAUUGAAAGUGACAAGAAGACCUGUAAUGAGCACGAGUGACGAAAAUAAUGGGCUCACGAAUGAAUGGACAAUCACAACUAAAACAAGCACCAGUCCAAUUCAGACAACAACCACCAGUCCAAUUCAGACAACAACCACACUAAAUAAAGAACUCGUUUAUGAGUAUGAGGAGAUGAUGGAAAAAACGAAGAGCACUCAUUCUAUAACAAAACACACAAACGGCCCAAAAACGACAGAGCUUGUCGAGAAGGAAGUGGUCGAUUAUGGCCCCGAAAUUGGCGAACCAAUCACAACAACUACGAGGAUUCCGGAAAAAGACGAAUAUGGUGAACCAGGAGCCAUUUGGUUGUCCAAAGAAGGAAAGAUGCUCAAACUUGAAUGGGACGUGAGUGAGGGUUCUCUUUGUGACGCUUUUCUCCUCAACUAUACCGUUUUGAGUCUCUCCCAGCCGAAAGCUUUCUCAAUUGCCACGCAGGAGACAUUUGCACUCAUCAAAAUGUUCACUGAUCACAAGAUUGAGAUGAAAGUCUUCUGUAUGCUAGCUGGGUCAUUGUCAAAAACAUGGUGGGCUCAUCGACUUGCCGAUCUCAGCAAGCCUCGGUCAAUUCAUGGUCUCAAAGCGGCAAAAGUUGAAACGGAUGAAUUUUACGUGGCAAGCAUUGAAUUGUCUUGGGAUUGGCCUGAUCAUCAUGAUUUUGAAUUUUAUGAUUUAUCCGUGCAUUAUGGAGUUGGGAAGGCCCCACCAAAAGAAAUCGAAGUGAAAGAGAAAGGAAAAGUGUUGAUUGAUAAACUUGAGUCCACACAAGAAUACACAAUUACCGUGAGAAAUGUGAGCCGAGAGUUGAGCAUCGCCAGCUCGGAUGCCACCAUCAAGCAACUCACACCUCCGAUCAUCUCGUCAACUUUAUAUCCCGGUCAAAUUUCAUCCACGUCAAUUAAUAUCAAUUUUGGAGAAUCCGAUCCCGAACAGGGAAAAUUCGAUCACUACGAGCUUGAUUUUACCGGAAACAACAAGAAUAUCUCAAGGAAAAUCGGAAUGGAUAAAGAAAGAUCUUUCACAUUCACCAAAUUGAUCCCCGGGAAAACCUACCAUUUCGCUCUCUACACUGUUUAUCAAGGAUUGAGGAGUCGCCCGGUGAAAGCUGAAGUCACAACUUAUCCUUUAAAAGUGGAAAAGUUACAUCCAAUCAUUGGCAAAGAUUACGCGAUGCUUUAUUGGGAUAUUGAAAAUUUUGCCGACAACGAUGUGCGCUUUCGAUUGAGUUACACUGCAAAAUCAAACAAUGGAGCGUCAAAAGAGAGAACGGUUCAACUCAAAAAUGUGAAUCAUUUCCGAUUUGAGGAAUUGGAUUUAGAGACAUAUUAUACGUUUACGAUCACCGUAAUUAUGGGGUUGGGCGACUCGGAGGCGGAAAGCGAGAGUGAAACCAUCACGGUUGCUUUUGGGAAUGAUGUGAGGUCAAGACCAUCCCUGAAAAGACACGGAACUCGUGAGUUGGCAUUAAUCUUUGAGAAUGAUCACACAAUGUGGCAUGAGCUGAAUGGUCCAUUCAACAACUUUGCCGUCAUAGUCACCGAGGACAUUGAGCUUGGCGGAGAUGAAUGGGAGCUUCGAUCGUGGUUCGAAGUGCACAACGAUGAAACGUGGCCAGCCUAUCGAGCAAGCAAAUCCAACUAUCAACCAUUUCAGAAACGCGGUGUGAAAGAGGCGACAUUUGUGAUUGGAGAGGAUGACUGUGAACAGCAAAAGUUGGAUGAACCGUAUUGCAACGGUAUGCUUCGAGCAAACACGAAGUACUUGGCAAAGGUUCGCGGCUACACGGAUGAGGGAGUAGCAAUGGAGACUGAAUGGGUGGCGAUUCACGGACAAACCGAUGGUGAAGAUGGAGAAGAAGGAGAAGAAGAAGACGACAAAGGGCUUCCCUGUCACAUGUACUUGAACGGAUGCCCAAGAAAAGGCUCGGAGAAAUCGGGCGGUUUCUGGAAAUCGAUCAUGUCGGCGCUAGGAUUCUUGGGACGC